AACAGUCAGCCAGCCAGCCAGCCAGCCAGCCAGCCAGCCAGUCAGCCAGCCAGCCAGCCAGCCAGCCAGCCAGUCAGCCAGCCAGCCAGCCAGCCAGCCAGCCAGCCAGCCAGCCAGCCAGCCAGCCAGUCAGCCAGCCAGCCAGCCAGCCAGCCAGCCAGCCAGCCAGCCAGCCAGCCAGCCAGCCAGUCAGCCAGCCAGCCAGCCAGCCAGCCAGCCAGCCAGCCAGCCAGCCUUCACUCCUCUCAAAAGAGAAACACUGACCCCUUCAGGUCAGUAGCGGUACUGCACACUCUCGCUGUCACGGUUUCACGGCCCCCACCACCACCCACUUUAGUGUUGAUUAAUAAGGUUAAUUUUACAUGAGGACACUGGAUGUUAAUGCUCACUGUGCCCCCUUGUCUAAGCAAUUACCAGAGAGGGCAGAGCUGCUGUUGGGUUAUCAAACACAACACGAUGCCUCCUGAAGCUCAGCUAAAGCAUGCUGACUAUUCAUACAGCAGGGCAGGGGUAGGCAACCAUGGUCCUGGAGGGCCACAGCCACUUCAUGUUUUUGAUUUAACCGACCUGGAAGAAGACCAGGUGUGUUAAAUUUAGCAAAUCACUGAACUGAUCAAUUAGCUCAGUUGGUCAGGUGUGGUGCCUAGUUGGAACAAAAUCCUGCAGUAGCUGUGGCACUCGAGGAACAGGGUUACCUACCCCUGCAGUAGGCUUUCUGUUUACUUUAGAAGCCUCCGGCGAUGAGCAGACGUCCUGAAGACAUCCUGGUUUUUGAGGUUGUUGAUGGGAUGGGGUGCACCAGACCUGAAUUAAGAGGAACAGUGGUGGGGGUCAGGGAGUAGGGGGGAUGCGGGGAGAGUAAGAGACAGACAGGGAUGCCACUCCUUGUUGUCCCGAGAGAGAGAAGGCUAAAAGACGGAUUUGUAAUGUAUUUAGACAUACUGUGUGUACAAAUUGUGGAUUAUUCUCUUGCUAGUCAACAUCUUCAUCCUCAGGGUAAAAAUGGCAGUAUCAAAAUGUCAAUAGUAUAAGUGACAGACGAUCUUCUACAGGGUACACACAGAGACCAGAGACUAACUCUCUCUCUUCUCUCUCUCUCUCCUCAGGGACCCCAACAAGCCUGUUCCUCAGGACACUAAGUUCAUCCACACCAAGGCUAACCGCUUCGAGGAGGUAGCCUGGUCUAAGUACAACCCCCAGGACCAGCUGUACCUCCAUAUCGGCCUGAAGCCCCGCGUCAGAGACCACUACCGAGCCACCAAGGUGGCCUUCUGGAAACACCUGGUGCCCCACCUGUAUAACCUCCACGACAUGUUCCACUACACCUCUACCACCACCAAGGUAAUGCUACCGCUCUUUAACUCACAUCUCCCUUUCAUUUCAUCGGUUGACUGGAAAGUGUGUUGUGAUUAUAAAUACACUUUCAAAUAAAGUUUGAUUUGAUUUGAUAUGUGGUGAUAUGGUUGUGUUAGUUGAACUCACUGACUGUAAGAAGUCGCUCUGGAUAAGAUGUUAAUGUAAUAUGUUUGAUUUGAAGGUCCCCCCGUCAGAGACGACCCAGAACGCCCUGUCCACUAAGAAGACGUGGCCCUUCAACACCAAGCGGCCCCCCAUGUCCCCGGCCUACAACAACGAGGAUAAUGAGGCGUGGAACGGAGACGAGGAGACCGGCCCGCUGGUCGUAGAGAACCCCAGGGACUACUCCACGGAGCUCAGCGUCACCAUCGCCGUGGGAGCCUCGCUGCUCUUCCUCAACGUUCUAGCCUUCGCAGCGCUUUACUACCGGAAGGAUAAACGGAGGGAGGCUUCGAGAGGUCGCCGCGGUCAACCCAGCCCACAGACCCGUCACGGCCAGGCUACAUCCAACGACAUCGGCCACCACCAGGGCCCCAACGAGGAGGAGAUCAUGUCCCUGCAGAUCAACCAGACGCACCACGAGUGUGAGGCGAUGGGGGUGGGGAACCCAGGCAAUGACGGGGGGUUGCGUCUGGCCUCGCUUCCCGACUACACCCUGACCCUGCGGAGGUCACCGGAUGACAUCCCUCUGAUGACCCCCAAUACCAUCACCAUGAUCCCAAACUCUCUGGUGGGGAUGCCCAACCUGCACCCCUACAACACUUUCACAGCUGGGUUCAACUCCACCGGCCUGCCCCACUCCCACUCCACCACCCGUGUAUAG